UUUUGUUAUGAUUAAUCAUUAAUAUGUUAAAGUUUUGCAACUUAUGAGUUACGUGUCUGGAAAUCUGUAGAGUUGCGUGUCUGAAAAUCUGUAGGGUUGCGUGUCUGAAAAUCUGUUUGUAUGCUUUGUUUGUUCCAUAAAUGGAUAUAAUCAGUUCAAUAACUUUGGAUGCUUUAAAAAUAUCAAUCACCAAAAUUGUUUUGAUAAGCGUAUCCUGGUGUAGUAAAUUCAAGGUGUAAUACUUGCAGGCUGUGUUGUUAUCAAUUUUCGGCUGAAGUCAUGAGUUUUGCUUUUCGAGGGAGUAGGGGAGAUAUUGAAAACGGAUUUUCAGAAUAUGUUCCUGAGAGAACCUCAAUGCGGGUUCGUCCAUCUCGGCCAGUCCAUAGCAAUUGUCUAGUUUUUCUUUUUGCAGUUAUUAUGAUAUUCGUGAUAUUAUACUCCCCUCAGAUGUUAUAUUAUUUUUUGCGCUGGAUAAUACUGUCGGUCUUUGUGAUGGUUACAAGUCUGAGGGCGUAUGCAAUUUAUCUGCAUCUUCAAUCACAGGCCAGGGCUCAUGCUGCAGCAGCCUCUGGGUUACUUGGCCAUGCUGAAUUACGAGUUCGCGUGCCACCAUCUAUUGCAUUUGCAACAGGAGGAAGAUUGCAGGGACUUAGACUCCAGCUUGCACUUCUUGACCGAGAUUUUAAUGAGAUAGAUUAUGACACUUUGAGAGUUCUUGCUUUUGGUACUCGUUCAAUGUCUGAGGAGGAGAUAAAUGCCUUGCCUAUUCACAAACAUAAAGUUACUGGCCCAAUAAAAGGUGGCUCCACCGGUUCGACAUCCUCUUCUUCAGAGGCAGCUGAGAUUAAGCAAGAUUUCAAAGGAGAAGAGGGAAGUGCCAAUGAUCAAGAAGAUGGGUUGACUUGUGCUAUAUGCUUGGACCAAGUUCAGAGGGGGGAACUUGUGCGUAGCUUGCCAUGCUUGCAUCAGUUUCAUGCCAGCUGCAUCGAUCAAUGGCUCCGGCGAAAACGAACAUGUCCUGUAUGCAAAUUUAAGAUUGGGGCGGGAUGGCUAAGUAACAAUGCGUGCGAGUCGGAUGAUUCAGAUAUUGUGUAGUAUUAUUCAGAUAUGGCUGUGAAGUGCGCGAUGUCCCGAGUUAUAUAAAUAUAUGUAUAUAUUUUUGGAAUUGGACCGUACCUUUAGCUUGGCAUGAAUAUUUAAGGAUGUAAUCUAUCUAUUAAAGUAAUGAAGGGACAUAUUCCUGAAAUGUGCACCACUUCAAAUAUAUAUCAUGAAUCAAUAUUGGAAGGUGAA